AUGGCGGUGGUGGUUGAGCUAGUGGCUCUAAGGGUAGGGGCGGUGGUGGUGGCAAUGUUGGUGGUGGCUGUGGUUGUGGGGAUGGCGGCAGUGAUGGUGGUGGUGGUGACAGCGAUAGGGAUGGAAAUGACGAUAGGGGUGGCAGCGAUGGUGGUGGUGGAGGUGGUGGUGCAAGUUACGUUUAGGGGUGGUGGUGGCGCUUGGGUUGGGGGCGACAGUGGUGAUGACAGUGGUGGUGGUAAAGGUGGCGGUAGCGGUAAUGAUAGUCAUGACAAGAUGGUGGUAGUAUAG